GGAGGGACGACAGACUUCUUUUGAAGCUGGGUGAAGCUCAGAGGAAACUUCUCCUGCAGCUUGGCUUCUCACUCACUCUCUUAUUUUGGAAUUUAUUCCGAUUUCUGCUUUACUUAGUACGAAAUGUUUGAUUGUUAACCUUAAACAUAAAUCAGCACUCGAAAAGUUCUUCAGAUUUCCUGAUCUUGGGUGGGAAGGAGAAUGAGGAUGAUGAGGCUAUCGAUCCUCCUGUUGUUUGUGGUCAUUCACACACAGGUCCAGAUUUCAGCCAGCCAGACUCCCUGCGGAAAAACAACUGAAUGCCCAAUCGACUUAUACUUUGUCAUCGACACAUCUGAGACAAUAGCUCUGCAGGAGAACCCACCUGGCAGCUUGGUAGAGAGCAUCAAACAGUUCACCGAAGCUUUUGCCAGCAAACUAGAAGAUGUUAAAUACAAAGGUUCAGUUCAGAUCAGCUGGUCUGUAGGAGGCCUUCACUUCUCCCAGCGGCAGGAGAUCAUCAGUGCAAUCACCAGUAAAGAUAGAUUCAUCAGUGAUCUCAGAAGAAUAAAAUACUUGGGCAAGGGCACGUACAUUGACUGCGCCAUCACCAACAUGACCCACCAGCUGGUCCACUCACCAUCCAAACCCAAUGCCAAACGCUUUGCGGUGGUAAUCACCGAUGGUCAUGUGACAGGAAACCCAUGUGGUGGGAUCAAAGUGGCGGCGGAACGAGCACGUGAUGAGUUCAUUAAGAUCUUCUCUGUUGCAUCAUCCAGGAACCUAGAGGAGGCGGGACUUAGGGAGAUUGCUAACUCACCUGCUGGUGUUUAUCGUAAUCACUACAUGGCGGUUGAUCUCACGGGAGUGCGGCCACUCAUAGUGCAAUCAACAAUUGAUCGCAUUUAUGACAUAAUGGUAAUGCAAUGCCUUUAAUACUUUUCUUGUGGAUAUG